GGGCUGCCUGCUGAGGUGCUGCCUUAGGCCCUCAGAAGGUUCUGGGAACCUGCCCUGGCUAAACCAGGGCUUGGCCUGGCCUGGGCGAGGGCCGAUGAAGUCCAGGGUGUGGGGCAUGUGGCCUGUUCCAAAGUGUCUCCCAGACCAAAACCUGCCAGUUUGGGUGGGGCACCAUUGGCCAGGAGGGACAGCGUGGGCACAGAGAGGUGAAGGAGAAGCUAGAAUAAGAAGUUGCAGUAGUAACAAUAAUGAUGAGCAUCCAGUGCUCCUAUGUGUCAAGCAUUGUUCUAGGCAUUAUGAAUGAACAGGCCCAGAGAAGUUGAACGACUCUCCCACAUCACUCAGCUAGUAGAUGGCUAAGGCAGGCAGGAUUUGAACUCAGCCAGGAUGCUCCGGGCACCGCUACCCCGGGGGAGUUAAAGUACAGGAAAGUGCUUCCAUAACCAGCAGAGCACCACUUUCAACUGAGUAUUGUCCGAGGGCUGAAAGCGAGCCAGCGAGGACUCCCAGAGGGAUCCGGUGGCUGGUAGCCCCGCCCCGCUCUUAUCAGAGCCCCCAACCCGUGCCCCCCCAACCCCCUCUUCCCGAGUUUCCCUCUGGUCUCCUCCACUUGCCUCCUAUCUCCACCACAUACAUCCCAGCCAUGGCUCUGGUUCUGCAGCUACUGCCGCUGCUGCUGUCAAGGGCCCAGGGAGACCCCGGGGCUUCACUGGACGGCCGUCCCGGAGACCGGGUGAAUUUCUCCUGCGUAGGGGUCUCGCAUCCCAUCCGCUGGGCCUGGGCGCCUAGCUUCCCUGCCUGCAAGGGCCUGUCCAAAGGACGCCGCCCAAUCCUGUGGGCCUCCUCGAGCGGGACUCCUACUGUGUCUCCAGUCCAGCCCUUUGCUGGUCGCCUACGUGCCCUGGACCCCAGUAUCCGGCGGCUGGAGCUGCUCCUGAACGCAGGGGACUCAGGCACCUUUUUCUGCAGGGGCCGCCACGAAGAAGAAAGCCGUACAGUGCUUCACGUGCUAGGGGACGGGGCUGAUUGCAGGGCACCAGGGUCUACCCAUGGGUCCGUGAAUCCCCAGCUCCUGAUCCCCCUGCUGGGCGCUGGGCUGGUGCUCGGAGUCGGGGCGUUGGGCGUGGUCUGGUGGUGGCGCAGAUCCACUCGCGAAAGUCAAGCCCCAGAGGCCAGUAAAGGAGAAGGAGCCCAAGACUGCAGGGGACCUGGACCAGGAGGCGGUAAGGGCCUGGCGAUUGGAAGGGGGUUGGACCGAAUCCCUGAGAAGAGUGGACUGAGAAAGAGAGAGACCUGAAUCCCCCAGCGAGUCAGACUUCUGAGACUCUCCUGCCUUCCUCCUCACCUUUCAGAGCCUGCUCUACGCAGACCUGGAUCAUCUGGCCCUCAGAAGGCCCCUCCGGUUGUCCCCCAUGGUCCCAGCUGAUGCCUCGACCAUCUAUGCGGUUGUAGUUUGAAGGGAAGCCCUUAUUUCAAACCUCACAAGCUGAAGGUUCCCAGCUCUCCACAGCUCCCCUCUCCUUCUCGGCCCCUCACCUGGCAAUGGAUGCACCACGGGACAGAAAUGAGCACUAGUAUGGGAGUCAGGAGCCCUGGGUUCUCUGCUCUGCCACUGAUCUUGCUCCUUCAGUUACCCCAUCUCUCCUAUAACUUUCACAUCUUCUUCACCACUGGUGCCCUCUCUAAACCUGAUGAAGCCCUGUCUCCCUAUCUUAAGACAUCAACAAGUCCUAGAUAGUUGUCCUGUCUCUUCCCUCCCCUGCACAGUCCAGCUCUUUGAACCAGGGGCCUACACUUUUUCUUCUCCUUGACUCCACUCACACUGCUCCUCAUCUCUCCAUGAGGUUGCCAGUGAUGUCCUAAUGGCCACGCCAGUAGAGUUUUUAGUUGGUCUUUGGUUACUUCCUUCUUUAAUGCUGGCAUCUUCCCUUUGGACUCCUCUGCCCUCCUCCCUAUUCCCAUGGUAUUCCCCACCAUUCUAGGUUCGUCCCUUUAUCUGACUUCCCUCUCUUCUGGGAAUCUGGCAUCCACAGCCAGUCCUCAAGCCUCACCUCUGCAAACAACACUCAGAACUCUCUCCAGCUCAGAUCUCAAGUAAUGAGAUUUCCCAUCUAUCCCUGGGACAGCCCUGCCUGGUCAGCCAUAGACAUUCUUCACAUAGCAUAUCCCAAACCCAACUCACUGUCACUCACUUCAUCCUCCUCUGUAGUCUCUCUUGAUCAACCAGUUGCCUAAGCCAGAAACUGGGAGUCAUGCAGACCUCGUUCUGCUCACUCCCACACAACGAACCAAGUCCUGUCUUUCUAUUUUAAUGUCAUUGUGAAAUCCAUACCCUUCUUCAUGCCCAGGGCUGCCACCUGAAUAUACUCUCCUCAUUUCCUCCCUGGUUGACUCAUAGCCCCACCUCAUCCUCUUGCCCCUGCCCUCCUCCCUGAAGCCAGAGGGGUCCUCCCCAAAUGCAAACCUCCUCCUCACAACCUGUAUUCCAGAGUUCCAGGAUGUCUUUCCAGGACCUUUUCUUGGACCCAUGGGCCUUGGCUUUGGGUACAAGGUGCUGGCAGCACUCUGCCUACCUUCCAGACUUGUCUCUGGUACUCCACAUGUGCACAGCCUGGCAGCCUGGGAGAGAUUCUCCCCAGCCUCCAAAUACAUUUUUGUGCCAGGCAAGUCCUUCUUUCCGGAUCACCCUUUUUUCCUUCUCCCCACUACCUUCCUGCCUAAUAAUUCUUCAUCCCCAAGACUCAGCUGAAAUGUAGUCAUUUCUGGGAAGCCAUUCCUGACCCUCUUUGCCUACCCCUGCAUACAUUUUGAUUUUGAUGCUGUAGGCAGUCUCCUUAUUUAUCUCUUAGCAAUCACACCCUGUAAAUUGUUCCAUCACAACCUGUAUUUCAGUUUCAAUGUACUGUGAGUUCCCUGCUCUCAGGAGACUGACCCUUUUUAUAUUACUGCUAAGCCUCAGUAAAUGAGUGAAUGAA